CGCCGGGUUGUCAAACAGUAAAGUUUCCCUGGACCCUCAGUGCGAAGUGUCGGCUGAAGACAAACUGGGGAAGCGGUUGGUUGGUCGUUUUGAAUUGGGGCAGCAGUUGAUAAAACAGCUGUACUACGGUGAAAAAUAUUGGUCAACAUCUGCACGAACGACUCGACAGUUCCGCCUUGAAAUCCGAGAUAAUACAAGGGAAUUAAAGCAGAAACGCCGGAGUAUAAGUCAAGCUAGGGCAUCAGUAACGGUAGUUGGGACCUGAAAUCAUUGUUACAUAUUUGUGACAACAAAAACCAGUCUGCAACCUGCUGCCCCUGCCUUCAAGGUGCCUUUACCAUGGUGACACUAAAAGAAUCAUACACUUUACAAUAAGCCAGAGGAAGAGCUUUUUGUUACAGUUGCAUUGCCUCACUUUCAGCAUCAUCUUGAUCACUUCACUUCCACGACGGCGGUAAUCUGGUCCAGCCAUGCAUCUAGAAGUAAAGGUCGCCCUCAACUUCAUCAUGUCCUACCUGUACAACAAGCUGCCUCGGCGUCGAGCUGACCUGUUUGGUGAGGAGCUGGAGAGGAUACUGGUGUCUCGUUUUGAGGGUCACUGGUACCCUGAAGCCCCUCUCAGGGGUUCUGCGUUUCGCUGUAUUCAUCUGGGAGCACCGAGAGACCCCGUAGUGGAGUUGGCCGCCAAGAGAAGCGGACUGGACACAGAGGAAGUGCGUGCAAAUGUUCCUGCCGAACUCAGUGUAUGGAUUGACCCUUACGAGGUGUCCUACCAGAUUGGAGAGAAGGGGGCUGUGAAGGUUCUCUACCUGGAGGACCCUCCAGGCCUUGGUUCUGAGAGCGACAGGCCAGAGGGGGUGAUCAGAGAGGGUAAAGGAGAUCCAGAAGCAGAGGAGGCCAAGAGUGUGGGAUUCAACCCAGAUGCUCAGGUGUUCGUGCCCAUUGGAAGCCAGGCUUCUCCUGCCCUCAUGCCAUCACUCUCUAGCUCUCCCACGCCUCUGUCUGCCCAGCCCUGCCCUGGGCUCUUCAGUUACCCCAGCUCCAGUACACCUACCGACCCUGCUGCCCAUUCCUCCAACACCUCUACUCCUUCUCCUCCCAGCGGUGGGUUGCCCUACCUCUCCACUCAGCAGCCACCCUCCACUCUUCCCACUGCCCGCCCUCAGCCCAUCACUUUCACCACCGCUAGCUUCGCCGCCACCAAAUUUGGCUCGACCAAGAUGAAGAAGUGCAGUGGAUCUGGGUCGGCAGCUAGCUCUGCAGUCGUCAUACCGCCUGUCCAGAGGAUGCUCUCCCGCUCUCCGACCACCAUCUCGGGGCCAGAGCUACUCAAGCACAAGCCCCUGUCCCUCUCCUUGCACUCCCUCGGAGGUCCCAUCGCCAGCCAGCUCUCGCCCAACGCCAAAGAGUUUGUCUACCCAGGAUCCCCAGGUCCUCUUUACUUCGAUGCUGACACCCAGCCGAUGCAGCCUCAUGCCAGCCCAUUCCAACCAUCCCACACCGUUAACACCCAUCCAUCCUUUGACCCCUUCUCCAGCCCUCCUCCUACUCAGAGUGUGGGCAUCAUUGGCAGCAGUGGAGGAAUCCCCUACAUGGAGAAGCCGCCGUUUGUCGAGGGUUUAGGAAGUUACAACCUGCAAUAUCCUAGCCAGUCCUUCCAGCCUGUUGUGCUGGCCAACUAAGCCUUCAUUUGUACCGUUAAGAAUUGUUGUAGGAGAAGGUGGGUGUGGAACAAUGAUAUUUUCAGUUUUUGUAACAAAUAAAAACUAAUCCAAGCUAAGAAUUUGCUUCACUACAACGAUUUAAAAUACUACAUUCACUGAAUAGUUUGAGUGUUUUGUUUUGUUCUUCCAUAACCCCCAAUCCCACCCUGCCCUUUUGCCUUUUGGUGUUACUCCUCAUGUUUUGUGUGUUGGCUUUGAUGACAGGAGUGGAUCCUCUUUACCUUGAGUCGUUGCCAAUCUGCAUUUAUUAUUUUGCAUUGAAUGUUAAUGGGCCUUUUUUUUCUUGACUUCUUGUAGUUUAAUGGACCCGGCUCUAGUAUAGCUCCAUUUUGCACUGCGCUGUCAUGCUGUGAAAAGGGACGUUGCCAAGUCCUGCAGAGAAUGAUGGCUGUGGAAAGCUCAGCACUUUGCUCUGCAAUCUGCUCUGCCCUACUUGCCACAAAUACAGAGAGAGGGGCUCUGCUGUGUGUGUGUGUGUGUGUGUGUGUGUAGUCAUGUUUUGUUUUGUUGUGGCACAGCGUGAUCAAGAGAUUCGAUGUUUGUGCGGCGGGCCUGUUACCUUUGAAACGCACUCGUGCACAGGCACAAUUUAACUCUGUUGUUGUCACCAGGUGUAUACUGGAAGCAGUUUAUCGUCAGCAGGAAUGUACAUGACAUGGCUUUAAAUGAAAUGAGAGCAGUGGAGGGAGCAGAAAGGGAUCAUUGGGGUGUUAAGGCAGCGAUGUAGUAGAAUGUAUUGUGCCUGUCAGGGGAAACUACAGUUGGAAGGUCAGGAAAACCUUGGCAAAUGUGAAAAGCAAGUACUUUUUUUUUUUUUUUUCUUUUUUUUUUUAAGGACUAUAACCCUGUGCUGAUUCCCACAAGGAUAUAAGCUGAUGGUUUCAUACAUAUGUAUGCAGAAAUAUGUGCACAUGCACACGAUUCCUUUCAGCAGCUUGUGUGAAGGUGAACAGGCGGAUAUGGAGGUGGGGGGAGGGGAUGCUGCAGUUAAGCAGUAGGGAUUGUGAUAAAUGGCUUAGCAUGACUUUGACUAUGAAGGAGAGGUUUUCCGUCUGCCUGGAGAGGAGAGAAGGCAAUGGGAGAGAUGAGAAGACAGAAGAAGCGGAGAGGGGAAAGUGAGAGAACAAAUCGGAGGGUUCUGUUUCCUCGGUGGCGUGCAGGCUGUAUGGGCUUAGAGGGUGACACUUGAAAACCAGAGCACGUUUCUGGUGAGCUUAAAUGGACCUGAAGCCAAACGCUUACACCAUUCUCUCCCUCCUCUUGAAAUUCUUCCGUGAUCUUUUCCUCUGGCUAUUGAUCUAAAAACCAGAAUAUACACCCAGCUCAGGUUGCUCUGUCUCUUUUCCCAGUUGCCGCUGUGUGGAUAAAGAUACGAUGAUGAAUGUUCUUUAUUGGUGUUUGGCUUUUGUUUCUUUAUUUGAUGGCCUGUCAGAUCUCUGGAAGUCUGCCGCUUAUAACUUGUUUACCAGCCGGGUCCAUGUGAUUGUUGGUUAGUCACUGCAGGGAAGGGUAACCCCCAGAUGUCCAUUUGAGCUGUCCAGCACUUUAUUACUGGGCUCCUGAUGCCGUGUGUCGCCCACAGACGUGAGCGCUAAACCAUUCCUUUGCCCUCUGUUUGGUAAUGGCACAUUUUAUUCAGCUGUCAUGAAAUGCUUUAGAGAUUCAAGCAGGAGCUUCAUUUGUAUUCAGACACAUUAAACUGGUGAGGAGACGAUGUCUGUCUGUCUGUCUUGUCCAUUUAUUUGAAUGUUUUCUAAACUUGUACCCUUAAAUGUUUUUGUAUAAGCAGAAACAAGGACCCUUGACUUGUGCUCACGCUGGUUUUGCAAUGUGACAGCUUGUCAUAUGCAUGCAGGUUUUCUGUCCUUUAUUUGUUUUCUUUUCAUGGGAACGGGUGGGGAGGUACACAUCUCUGAAAAUGUUCUAAUCGUGAGGGAAAAGAUGCAUUUAUAGUUCUUGUUUUCUAAUUUAUUUCCAAUAUUUCUAUAUUUUUGUUUUUGCAAAUGAUCACUUACAUUUGUAUGAGUAAGACAUGACAAGUCCAGGAAUAUGUAUAUAAAAAGUUCUUAUGUUUAGAUUCUUUGUUUAGUUUCUUACAUGCUGAGGUUAUUUUUUCAGAAAAUAACGUGAAUAUAUGCAAACUGAGACAAAAAUAAAGAUGUACAGAAUAAAGUAUUGAAUGUGUAUUGUACCUUGUACAGCAUUUGUCUAAUAAGACGGGUAAAUGUAUUCAUUCUUCAAGUUGGAUUUGGAGUUUAAGAUGUGAAUGUUUACAGUGGGUUUGUGUAAAGAAAAGAUGGCUGAUGACUUUCUCUGUGCUCCCAGGGCAGUCUGACAACUACUCCCAUAGGCAGUGCAUUUAAACCAAAAAUCUCCACAUUUCAGAUUAAUUUUUGAGUGCAAUGACCAUUUUCUCUCUUCAUGUGAAGUCACUUAAUGUUGUGUGGUCGCCAAGCUUAAUUUUUUCCUGACAAAAUGUCUGUCAUUGCUUUUCCUCCUCUUUUUCUACGGAAGAUGAAUUCAGAUUUCUAUUAACAAAAUAUCUUUUAACCUUCCUCCCAUCAGAUUUAACUUUUUCUCAACUAAUUUUUUUCCAGUGGGUUAUCAUCCCUCCAUCAGCCUGACCCUUUGGUCCUUUGGUCCUGAUAAAUAUAGCCAUAUGUCCCAGACUGUCUUUGCUUACACAGAUGCUCACCCUUCUUCAGUGCAAUGUAAUGCCAUAAUUUAAAUUACCCUGAAAGAUUAAAGGGGUUACUACCUCUCUGCACCCUGGAUAAACAAACAGACAAACAAAAAAAACAAUAUAUCUCCUUGAUAGGAAGACGGUGUUACGGCAGGUUUGGAAUGAUGAAGGAAAUGAAUGUGCUGUGAAUGUUAUUGAUCUGUUGAUAGUCAGCCCUGUUUGAGAUGGCCUGCAGAAAAUAAAUUGGGGAAACUGCUCAUUUUAUUUAGUGGAUCUUUGCUCACUUGCACGUUCAAAAGGUCCAAGUGACACCCCCCACCACCACACACAUUUGUCAUAUUAUUAAGCAUUAGCGAGGUGUGUUGUUCCUCUGCAUACAAAUUGGACGGAGAGAUCGGAGGGUGUGAUCGAUUGUCGUAAAGCUGGUUUCCCCCUCACAUCUUUAAGAAUGAACGCUGAUUUGUGUUCACUUAAAGAACAGAUUAGACGGUGUUUUAAACACGCCACACAUCAGCUGUACACGCAGGCUAUUCUGCAGUCAGGGCUGAGCAUUAAUGAAGAGGAAAAACAAGAAUUUUGUAUUCUAAUGUCCUUUGCUUAUAUCAAUGUGUGCGUUUUAUUUUGCACUUUGGAAUAUUUCAUUGUCAUAAAAGAAGUUUAUUUUCUAUGUAAAAUUUAACAUUUAAGAGUAAAAUAGAUAUAAUUAAAAGUUCAGAUGAUGUAUAAAUAUAGUGCUUUCUUUCCUGCCUGUAUUUUAUUAUUUUUCCUAUUUUGUAUCUGAUCUGUACACCCUGUAGAUGUGUAAUGAAUCUUUCACUACUGAAAUGCAAUGACCUGUUUUCUGUGCUGCCCCUCAGGAAUGGGGAGUUACUACUGCAGUUUCUUAUUGUAUCAGAUUCUUUUUUAAGUUUGUAAUAAAAGAGAACAGACUGGCAAAAA